AUGUUGGAUUCGGGAAUGGCCGCGAAAUCGAAGUUUAACGAUCCACACCUGGUUAACUUAUCGGAUGAUGGUCGUGCUGUCAGCCGAAAGGAAGAUCAAUCCACAGCUGGAAGUUCUCUUUUAAACUUUAUGAACUUGGCGUCCGGGAACGUAAAGACCGCCUUAGAAAAACCGGCCAACUUUAAAAGGAACAUUAACCACCGCAGGUAUCUUCAAAAACAGCUGCGGAAUUAUUCAAAGCGGAAGAACGACAUAACCACAAAGAAACCCAAAGACGUUCUUAAGCAUAAAACUCACAGCUUACACGGUGACAAACAUGGCACGUCGAGGAAUUCUUCAAGGCAAGAAGGGAGUUCUAAAAGAUCUGAACGGACUGUAGAAGCUGUCAACUUCGAGAAAUCCUCACUUCGGGAAAGGAACCUUCCCCCUUCAUUCUGGCAGGAACCUGUCAUUCCAGACGGAACAGAGACGUACAUGUAUCCAAUGUAUCCCUUGCAAGCCAGGGCCGGAGAAUCGGAAGACCCUUACAACCCCGUUUUCGAAAGUUACUUCGAAGGUUGGAACGAAUGUUUAACAAGGGAAAUCCCCGUUGAAGAACUGUCACAAAGUGGAUCUGCACUUUCUGUUUCAUCCGAAGAAACCAAUUGUGAUGAUUUCAUGACGGGAGAAGAACUUACUCGUAGUAUUGACAUUAAAGAUCUGUAUGUACCCGAACUUUAUUUAACAGAUAAAAGCCCGCUAGAGUCAUCUCAAGGGGAGAGCCUUUACCUGGCACCUAUCUCACCCACUCAGUAUGUCCUGACUCCUACAUCUUGCUCAGAUCAGGCAUAUUUUAAUUUUUCGUUUGAUCACGACCCAUCGGGUUUACCGCCAUUUGCCAUGGCUUUUCUUAGUCCGGGUACCCUAACGCAAUACUAA